AUGCUUGCAUUAGAUAUUCAUGAUACGUUUGACUUCGAAGACGAUGUGGCGAAAACAGGUGAACGGUUGAAGGCCACAAUUUUGUCCCGAGGAUCUGGUGAUGUAGCCAAGGAGCUCUAUCGGCGGUUUCAGGGUCGUGAUCCUAGCGUUGGAGCAAUAUGUGACUUCUAUGAUCCUCCGUCCUUCUAUCAAUUAGAAGCUGAGGAAGCUGGUAGAGGAUAA